AUGAAAAGCCAUCUGCAUCGUGCCCUGUUGGGCCUAGGGCUCACCAGCCUUACCCUCGCCGCUGUUGUGCCACACGACGUCGAAGUCCUCCGCUUCUCCAACCCCAUCGAUAUAACACCAGACUCAUUACACAAUAUCCACGUGGAUGUCGUCGAUAAAGCCUUCGAAGGACAUCUGCGCCUUGUAUAUGGUGACUGCGACAUUGAGCAAGCCGGCCAAGGGCACCACGACGUCGGAAACGUAUUCAUCAAGCGCGAUGCGCACCUGGAACGACUUGUUUGGAUCACGCCCUCUGACACACCACAUUUACAAUGUUUACAUGCAUUCUCGGAGUCUUUUCUGGUAGGCCGCUCGUUGCCUAUCAGCGUGUCGUUACCGAUAAACAAGCGCGAGAGCCUCGCAGAUCUAGCUAAUAUGGAAGGGCCCUGGUUCGACGGCGUGGCAUACAUGAAAUCCAAACAACAAGAUGCCGCUGUCGUUUCCAAAGCGAAGAAUACAUCCGUUGCUAUUAUUGGUGGCGGUAUGUCCGGUCUUAUGACAAGCCACCUUCUCGAGUCUGUUGGCAUACAUGAUUGGCACAUUAUAGAGUCCUCGGAACGGAUCGGUGGUCGCAUUCGUACGAAGUAUCUCAACAACUCAUCACCAGAGGAUUACACAUAUCAGGAAAUGGGUCCAAUGCGGUUCCCUGUGAGUAUCACAUACGCGGAUACGAAUGAGACACUGCAGAUUAUGGAUCAUCGGAUGGUCUUCCAGCUCGCUGGGGUGUUGAACAAGAUGAAUGCCAAGGCGAACAAGACGGAUUUACAGGUGAACUUCAUUCCCUGGAUUCAGAGCAGCCCGAAUGUCCCUGCCGAUAGCGGUGGUGUUCGUUUGCCUGAUGGCCGGAUUCCGAGCGCGGCGGAUGUCGCUGCCAACUCUUCUCUUGUGUAUACGGCAGCGUCAUCGAAUGCGACAGCAGCUAAAAAUGCAGAGGCCGCAGUUGACAACUACACGGGCAUGAAUAACCGAAGCACGAUCCGUAACUUUGCAUCGAACAUGUACAAGAUGCACAAACACGCCGUUGACAACGGCUUGUUUCACUGGUCUGAGGCUGGGUACCUGCGGUAUGCACUGGGCUACGACGCAAAUAUUUCCGACUAUGUAGCCGGCACGACAGACACACCGAUGUGGCUAUACGAAGACGUCUAUUUCGCAGCAACAGAAUGGCGCACAAUCGACAAGGGUCUCGAGUCCCUCCCGCGCGCAUUCUACCCCCUCGUCUCCGAUAGACUGACCUUAAACCGCACGAUUGACGGCCUCGUCUACAACGAGACAUCCGGAAAAAUCGCCGUUGCAUGGCGCGAAGAUCCCCUGUCCAUGACUCCUAUUACAAAGGAAUACGACUACGCAGUUGUCGCCGCACCAUUCAGCAAAGUCCGUCUCUGGUCCCUACCUCAAUAUUCAUCAUUGCUGAGCCGCGCAAUCUCGACCCUAAACUACGGUCAAUCAUGCAAAAUGGCACUCAUGUACGAAACCCGUUUUUGGGAACACCUCCCCGAACCCAUCUACGGUGGCUGCGGCACCGUCGAUGUCGCCGGCGUCGGAAACGUCUGCUACCCCUCUUAUAAAAUGAAUAACACGGGCCCCGGCGUAAUCCUGGCCUCCUACAUCUCCGGCAUAGAAGCGCGCUCCACAGCCGCCCUAUCAGACGAAGAACACGUCGCACUAAUCCAGCGCACAAUGAUCGAAGUACAUGGUGAAAUUGCCGCGGAGCAAUUCACUGGUAUUUAUGACAGACAGUGUUGGGAGGUUGACCGGCACCAGGCGGGGGCAUGGGCUUCGCCGCUUGUCGGGCAGCAGGAUUUGUAUUUGCCUGCUUAUUAUCAAACGGAGUAUAAAAGCAUCUUCAUCGGAGAGCAUACAAGUUAUACGCAUGCUUGGAUUUUCUCGGCAUUAGAUUCGGCGGUGCGUGGGACGGUGCAGUUGUUGUUGGAUCUGGGGUUGGUGGAUGAGGCGAAGGGGAUUGUGGAGGAGUGGAUGGGGAGGUGGAUUAAGCUGUAA